AUGCAUAAUGAUAACGAUGAUAUAUAUGAUUUGUUACUUGAUCGUAUAGAUAUCCUUAGCUGUAAAUCACCUGAUUUUGAUCCCAAUAUGAAGAUUUCAAGGAUCGAAUAUCAAUCUUUCAAGAUUCUACAUAA